GUGGCAACGUACAGAAUUGGUUUCGAAGGAGUUCUGAGGCGUAUGAAGGAAUUUUCGGAUAUAGAAGUUGACUCAAACGAAUUCCAACGCGAGGAAUUCGGUUCAAACGAAUUCUAACGCGGGGAAUUCGGCUCAGAGACGUUGCAACUCGUCGAACUCAAAGUGCAAACGGAUUGUGACUCGUCGAAUUUGACUCAAAUGAAUUCUAGAGGCGCUGGACUCGACUCUAACGAAUCAAAACACAUCGGACCAUGUUCAAAGCGAAUUGAAUUUAAUUCCAAGGAACUACGACUCGUGAAAGUUGGCUCAAACGAAUUCCAAGAGCCACCGAAUUCGGUUCAAAGUGGUCAAGCGAAUUCCGAUGCGGUUCAACUCGGUCCAAACGAAUAAUAAAGCCCCUAAUUUGACCCAAAGUUAAUUCUAAGGCCUUCUAAUUCAGUUCCAACGAAACGCAAAGCCCUCCAAGUCGGCUCAAAGCGUCCUAAGAUCGCGCGAUGCGCACCAACACCGAGGAAAUCGCCUCGUGACCGAAAUUCUUACGUAAAAUCGAGCCGAGCCUACGUGUCAUUGGUACUUCUUGUUCGACUCUACCGUAAACUGUGCAAAGUGCACAAGUGAGUCGCGCGAAUCGGAUGGAAAGCGAGCCAACUCGCGGCGGGGCGUUUCAAUAUUGAAACCGUGACCGGCGGGAACGAACGGGCUGGUGAAAUCGAAGAUGCGGCGAAAGCUCGUAUUGGAAGUUCAAAGGAUACAGGCGGCUGGUCUAUUAAGCGUUUUGCUCUCGCGUUACGCCCGUGGAAAGUCAAAGUGAGGGAGGGGAAGGACGUUGUUCGACGCGACUUUCACGUAGCGCCGUUUCUGCUCGAUCGCGUUACGAAAAUCCGUGGCCUGUCGCUGGCCUGCUCGCGGAAAACCUCGAUUCGAUUCGUACAGGGUACGUUGAACUUGGCUAAUAGGAAUUCCAACGCAUCGAAUUCCACGCGUUGGAGUAACAACGCCUCGAAUCGUGCUGCAAGGAAUUGCAAUUCGUCGAAUUCGAUUGAAAUAAACAGCCGCGCAUGAUCUAUGAUGCAUUCGAUUUGACUCAAAUGAAUUCUGAAUGAAUUCUUGAGUCAAUUGAAUUCCGAUGCGUCUGACUGUUGUGAAUUCCGCUGAAAAGGAAUUCUAAUAUGUUGAAUUAUGCUUGAGAAAGGUCUGUAGAGUCAAAUGGAUUUCAGUCCAUAGAAUUCCUCGCGACAACUCGAAAGCAAUAAAAGGUCCGAAAGUGGUAAUACAGGAGUGGAAAGAUGAAAGUAAACAAUGUAUUCCAUUCAGUUUACAAGCUCGAUGGACAUUAAAAAGACAGUGACGAUUACUGCCGGCCUUAUCGUGAAUAGUUGGGACGAGAAAUGUAGAUGUUUUCGUAUUAAUUCGAUCGCGUUCGAGUGCAGUUAAGUGGGUCUUGGAGAGUUCGCUGGUCGCAGGACCGUGAACGUUCGCGAGAAGUCAUUUGUCAGAUAAGCCAGCAGGAUUUUUUGAGAGAAAUCGAGUAGAGUGGUUUUGUGACGCGAGACGAGACAAAUGGUCAUCGAUUCCAUGUCCGUGAAACGAUGACUUUUGCGAAAGUUGUACUCGUAUCGUGAAACAGAAUUGCAACGUUCUUUCAUUGUUAUACAUUGAAAAGGAAAGGAAAGAUUGUAGAAGUGCUGACGAACCGAGGAAUCAAAUUACAGAAAAGGAACAAAGCAGCCGUCUGAAACGGAUAUCAGACAGAACGGAGCUAGAAGUUCGUCGUGUUAUCGAUUAUCGAACAAAGUACGGCCGCGCGAACUUCGAAACAAAGAAGAGGAACAUCUGACACCACGAAGCCUAAUCGAAUCUUCCACGAUAAGAAAAAAAGCAAACAAGGCUCGUUCCAUUCUGUGGAAUCGUGUUUGCCACGAAUCAAACGAAUAAUAUGGAUCGUUUAUCAAAUUAAGGAAACAAACAAGUUUAUUAAUAAAGUCCAACGAAAAAAGAAACCUAUCGUAGUCGAGUUUAAAAUAGAAAAUUGCUUGCGUAAGAUGUAGAGGCGUGUUGGUGUGGAUGAACGUGGUCGAUAGUUGUCUAUCGUCCCUGACGAGUCAGCGGUAAAAAUUCCAGAUUACGGAAGCAAAAAAGAUAUUUUGCAUUCUCUGAAUACCGUUGUUGUUCCCGAAGAAGAAAUACAUCGAACGAAGCGCGAUCCGUAACGGUGGAAAUCGUCGGUGGCGAUCGAGCCUUGAAAAUUCGGAAGCGAUAACGAUUAUUGGCCCUGACGGCCAUAUCAUUAUGAUAAUGAUGCGCAUUAUAUCGACAGCAUGUGCGUCAUUAGGCUUCGUCAGUCGACGCGACGCCUGACAUCAAUUUAGAAACUGUCCGCGGCGACGAAAUCUAAUUAUUUAACAGCCUAGUAGGCGUAACGCGUUUAGAGCGGCGACGCGAAAUCGCGUGGAAGAAGACCUGCGUGCCGCCGCGCUUCUGAUCGCUUUUCAGAAAACAGUCUCUGUGUCGUGUCGGUGGAGAAAGGAACGCUGCAUGAUACGGCCAGUGGUCGGUGAUCGAUGGUCGAGUUACGACGCCUCGAAUCCCAUUCAAAGCGAUCGUAACAUCCAGAUAUCGCCGCGGAGACGACAACACGAUCGAUUCGACUCAAAGGAAUCCCCAAACGACGAAUUCGAUCGAUCGUAAAUAAACUGAAACGUGUAGAACUCAAUUAAGAACGCGAUGCGACGCAUCGAUAGAGGCUCAAAGGAAUUCUGGCUCGCCCACGGUGGCUCAAAGGAAUUCUGACUCGUUCACAGUGGCUCAAAGGAAUAUUGGACUCGUCCAAAGUGACUCAAAGGAAUUCUGACUCGUUCAAAGUGGCUCAAAGGAAUAUUAACUCGUCGAAUUCAUUUUUAAAGUACUACAAACGCUUUGAGUUGAAUUCCCCGGAACUGCAACCUGUCGAAUUCAGUUCGUAGCAAUUCCAACGCAUCGAAUUCAUCCCUAUUUACGUAUAUGGAGGCAUGGAGUGUACAGAGUAAAUAGAAACUAGAUCCAGUCUAUUGGGUACCGAAAUGUAUCUCGGAUAGUAAGACGCAUCCGACAUUGCCCGACGAACCAAAGAGUACUGUGAUAAGCAGAUGUAAACAGAUUCAUUCAUCGUGACGAAAAUGAACCACGAUACCGCGAGUGAAAACAGUGAGACUGCGUCCGGUGAUAGUGAUCGAUUCAACGGUGAUCAGUGAAAGCAAUCAUGUUCACCAUGAUCGAACCCAGAAACGACAAGGUGUCCGGCCAAACGCGGCACCACUGUUAUCAAGUGAUAAGGACCACCAGGGUGCACCAGAGUUCCAGAAGCUCGAGGAUGGUGACUGUUCAGGAAAAGGUCAUCAGAUCCCGUCUGCAGUUAGGCUAUUCCACGCCCACAAACUUCAUUAACCGUUUUCCGUCAAAAAUGGAGAGGCCGUCGCAGCACGCCCCGAACGUGAAUCAGGUCCACACCGGUGGCAUGCACGGGGUGUACUCGUCGGGCAGCCAAACAUCCCUAACGACGUCCUACAUCACGGGCCAGUCGUACAUACAGAAUCAGAAUUACGGCCACAAUCCUUACAACUCCUCGUCGAAUGUGCGAGUCUACUCUCACACCGGUUACAAUCAGCCGCAAAGUUAUGGCACGAUGGUGCAGGGCUAUGGCGGUCAACCUCAGACAGGGUACCAACAGAAUCACCUUAAAAAGGGACCCGUUCGCAACGGAGACGUGCCGAAGAGAUGCCGGCUGCAGACUGCAUACGAGCUGUCCCAGGACCUCUUGGACAAGCAGAUCGAGGUGUUAGAAAGAAAAUAUGGCGGCGUGAAGGCGAGGAAAGCGGCGUUGACCAUCCAGCGCGCGUUUCGGAGAUACACUCUGUUGAAGAAGUUCGCGGCGAUCACCGCCAUGGCCAAGGCGGAGAAAAGGCUGAGCAGAAAGCUUCAGGAGUCGGAUCGAUCGAUUGGCAUGAACGAGCACGAGAGGAUGGUCUACCACAGUCAGAUCUACAUCCAGCAGCCGCAAACGGCGAACAGACCUAUGCCCAUCAGAAGCAUGUCCCUGAGAGAGAGGAGGCACGUUGAGAAUUCCCAGUCACCCAUACCCAGAAGCCAAAGCGGCAGGUGCGAGGUCCAGGUUCCUGGCCAUCAGCACGUGAACCAUAAUAUUCAUCAGAGCGGAAGGCAUACGCCUUCUCUGGCCCCCAGUCCUUGCAACAGACACCAACAGUUACCUCCGAGUCCGUGUUGGGAAUCCAGCUCGCAAGAGAGCGGAUCCAGCAUCCAUUAUUACAAUCCGCAGGAAGCCCUGUGCGGCCUCAGACAAGAAACACCUCCGCGAGACUUGCUACGGACGCCCUGCACGUCUCCGUCGACGCCUCACAAUCUUCAGACGCCGAUGCCACAGAACUGGAGCAACGCCAGUCACCUGGGGUCCGGCGGCAGAUCCAGGGGCUCUGCGAAAAAGGUCCCACCGGAAGUGCCAAAGAGAACGUCUUCCAUCACCUCCAGGUCCAUGGAGCCGCGCCACAACGGUCUGAGCAAGAGCGUCGAGAACGGAAGUCUCAGCUCGGUCCAAAGCUCCGGCAGCGAUUCCACUAAUUGCGAGAGCUCCGAGGGUGACGCCCAAAGAGGAUCACCCGUGUGGAAGCACAAAGGAAUCUCAAGCUCACCCGAACACCAAGAAUGCGCGAACCACGCGACAGACUCCAACACGAUGAUGAACAGCGUGAAGGAUCUUGGUCAUUCUCACGCCAGUUCCGGUUAUCAGCUACCACUGAUGGACCAUCAAGAGAGCAUGCCUCAGACGAGCUACAAAGUCUCGGAGACGGUCAGAAAACGUCAGUACAGAGUCGGCCUAAAUCUGUUUAAUAAGAAGCCUGAAAGGGGGAUCAACUAUCUGAUCAGAAGAGGAUUCCUGGAGAACAGUCCCCAGGGUGUCGCGAGACUCUUGAUCAGCAGGAAAGGGCUGUCCAAGCAGAUGAUAGGGGAGUACCUUGGGAACCUGCAGAACACCUUCAACAUGGCUGUGCUUGAAUGCUUCUCCCAGGAACUGGACCUCUCGGGUAUGCAGGUGGACGUCGCCCUGAGGAAGUUCCAGGCGUACUUCAGGAUGCCCGGCGAGGCCCAGAAGAUAGAACGACUGAUGGAGGUCUUCAGCCAACGUUAUUGCCAGUGCAAUCCCGACGUGGUGUCCAGGCUACGGUCCGCGGACACGGUCUUCAUCCUGGCGUUCGCCAUCAUAAUGCUGAACACCGACCUGCACACACCUAACAUGAAGCCAGAACGCAAAAUGAGGCUGGAGGAUUUCGUGAAGAAUCUCAGAGGCAUCGACGACUGCGGGGACAUCGACAAAGACAUACUGGUGGGCAUCUACGAGAGAGUGAAGGACAACGAGUUCAAGCCUGGCUCGGACCACGUGUCCCAAGUGAUGAAAGUUCAAGCGACGAUCGUCGGAAAGAAGCCCAACAUGGCUUUGCCUCACAGAAGAUUGGUCUGCUACUGCAGGCUUUACGAAAUCCCGGACAUUCACAAGAAGGAGAGACCUGGCGUGCAUCAACGAGAGGUCUUCCUCUUCAACGAUCUCCUCGUCGUGACGAAGAUCUUGAGCAAGAAGAAGAACAGCGUCACCUACACUUUCAGACAGAGCUUCCCAUUGUGCGGAAUGGUCGUCACGCUGUUCGAAGUUCCUCAUUAUCCGUACGGAAUUACGCUCUCCCAGCGCGUGGAUGGAAAAGUGUUGGUCACGUUCAACGCCAGGAACGAGCACGACAGAUGCAAGUUCGUGGAGGACCUCAGGGAAUCUAUCAGCGAAAUGGACGAGAUGGAAACCUUACGGAUUGAGACGGAACUGGAACGACAGAAGAGCAGCAGGAGCGCCAGAGGGGGCGCAGAGAACAGAGACUCUGGCGUGGCGGAUGUCGAAAUAUGUCCUUGCCCGGGGCCAUGCUCUGACAGAUCGGAAACCACCGAUAUGGACACGCAGUUGAAACGCUCUGCUCUUAGCAAUUCGCUUCUUGACAUACACGAACAAUUCGCCGGUGAAAAGCCGCAGCGCCGUGGAAGUGUGGGCUCGCUAGACAGUGGUAUGUCGAUUUCUUUUCAAUGUACAUCUGCCAGCUCAAUGAGCCAAGGCAUUAAACAUCCAGGACAAGUUCAUCCUAUGCAUUCAGGGGCUACGAUCCCUGGCGGUGCUAAGGGGCUGGCUCAGCAGCAGUCUUUUUUAGGGGGCCUGUUCGCCAAACGGGAACGAAAGCUAUCGCAAUCGGAGGAAUCCGGUCCCUACAGUCGCACUACGGAAGUAUAAUAUACCCUUCCGGUGGUGCCUAAGGAAUCUCUCUGUACAUUCGGUUCACUUCUAGUACGCUUCAUGACCACGUAAGGUGUUUACAGGCCGCCUAGCAGCACGACGCGUCAAAUUUUCUCAAAUUUUGCACAUCGUACACAAACGUAUCCAAUAAUCUAACGAACGCACAGGGUAUUUACCACCCGAAAGCAAGGAAAUCAUGAUCGAUUCAUACUGAGCCAAGCAAUUAAAAACCCAACGUUGUUUUUCUCACCUACGUUUUAUAGGAGAUCCAAACUCACGUUCUGGAUAGUGCAUAACCAGUACUUCCGCUAUGCUACUGACACAAGAUGCUAUGGAACAACCAUAAGUAGUGCACCCUGUGUGUUUAUGGUACUGUUACCCGUGCGCCAACCACGUGCAGAAUUUGAGAGAAAUCGACGAUCGAGAUGUACAGACCCCUCGUCGGAUGGAACGAGCGCAAAAUCUUUCGCUCUCCUUCAAACUCUGAGGGAACGUACACCUCGAAGCAGGAAGGAAGAAGAUAAGUUACCGCUUAGAAAGUCGAUGGAAGACGUGAAAAGCAUGUAGACUGCAGAAGAAUAAAGAUACAGAAAGGGUAACGAAGCAAAGAUGGGACAACAUUUAUGGAUAAAAGCGUCGAGUAACGGAUAAAAGGUAAGCAACUUGUUAUCUGUUAUUCGUUGUACGUUUGUUCGCGUAGAAUGUUGCCCGGUCUUUGUUUAAAAAAAAAACCUGAAGGCAACUGGUCGCACGAUGUAAAUUUAUCGGAUUGGGCAGGAUCCAAUCACGGUCAGGAUAUGGAGAAAGGGGAAGGGAGCGAGAGGGGAAGGAGGAAGAGAGAUUUGACACGAUAGAACGUGAGGGUAGCCCCUACUGGCACGUGUAUAGUAUUUAUUCAUCCAAAAAGUCGAAUCGAUCCGUUACUUUCUUAUGAUAUUUAUAAUUUCCAAUGCGGGUAUCGCUCGCGCAAUGCCCGUUCAUAUGUAGAUAAUCGUUUCGUUCUGCGUAUCGGCCGCCAUGGACCGGUUUUCAAACGAGAUCUUGGCCCGACAAACGCGAACGCAGAAUGGGAGAAGAAAAUAAGAAAGAAAAACGAUUUAUGGAUAGUGCUCUGAUAAUGUCGUGUUUUGCAAGUAUUGUCGCCGUAGUUAUACUUAAUUAAUUGUACAUAAUAGAUAUAUAACGAUUAAUUGUACGAUUAUAAUGAUGAUUCUGUAACAAAAUGUAGCCUAAGGAAAACGAUAAGCAAUCCCUCUCAAUGUUAGGUGCAUGUCGAUGUCUAACAAGUUUUUAAUAUCACAGUGAUGAAAUUACGAAUGUAGCGGUGACGUAAAGAUUAACGUUUAAAGAAAGGAAAGGAAGGCGCGUUUUCUCCUCAUUGUUACGAUACCAUUUAUAAUCCUCUGCGAGUCGUAGUUCUGCUUAAGCGUUUCGAACUCGAACAAUAUCUCCAAAGCGGCGUACUUGAACAGUUUCGUCGGAAAUUAGUGUCGGUUUCUCGUCUCCCGUAGUGUUUCUAGACAAUUUUCAGCAUCAUCUUAGCAACGUCGUAAGGAUCGGAGCAUUCGUGGCUCUUGAAAGAGAGGAAGACAACUCGUAUGCCUUAUAUACUGCCACAAUUCAUCAUCCAGAGACGAGAAACUCACUGGCUGGUUAGGUAGUAGGGACCUUUCGAGGCAAUGGCGCAACCAACAAUUACAAAUCGAGUGGCGAACAAUUCAGUGACUUAACCCAUUUGUGAAUAUUAAAAUUUAGUCGUUUAGAUCCAGUAGGUUUCCCCCCACCACUCACUAUUAAUUAAUAGAAUCUAUCUAAGCACAUUUCUUUAGUCACUGUCCAAACAUCUAGACCAGAAUACCCCUUUUAAGAGGAACUUAAUUCUUCCUUUCAAAUGUUAUAUAAUAUUUACGAAAAAAGUUCGUGUAAAGUUUGAAUGAAAGUUGGAAGUAUUGUUUGUUACGCCACUGUUUCGAGGGCCGCAGUAUCACACGGAAAACUGAAUAUUGUGUAUAUAUCAGCGAUUGCAAUACCAAGUAAUAAUAAUUGAAAGGAUGUUCGUUAAUCUCAAUUCGAAGCGACUAAUAGACGGAGAAUGGAUACACAACUGCGUAAUUUGUUUCGGACUUUGGGAGUUAUUUUGUAUUUGUAUUGCUAAGAGCAUCGAUCGUUUUUGUAUAAAUUCCUAAAUUUAUUUUCGUAAUUUGGUAACUUUUGCAAUUAGAAGGCUCUCCGUUUUUUGCACCGUUGUACUGCGUCGUAUCGUUAAACAUUAAACAUAAAUUCGAUGUAAAUGUUUAAAGUAACAUUUCAUAAAGCCCUUGAGAGACAUAUUCAGACUUUAGUUUCCAAAUUGUACUAUAGCAUCGCACACAGAGCCUUCAGCUGCUACAAGAAUACUUUCUUCUGGGAUAAGAGUUUAUGUUUGUUUCCACGCAGCAGAUUUAAAUUCACAAAAAGAUAAAAGCUUCGCUAGAGCGGCUGAAGGUUUCAACAUUCUGCCGGUGCAUUUAUUAACCCUUCAGCUGCUGCAGACUGCGUUUUAUUGAGACUUCAAAGAGGCGAUAGUUAUUCACGUUAUUGAAGUAAACGAUAAUACAUUUUCUAGAGUAGCCAAGCGUUCCUACAUUUUAUUGACAUUAAUAUUUACUCUUCGACUGCUACAUUAUAGAUCUUUUUUCAAAAUAGUCGUCUAUUCUGCUCGGAACGAAGCGAGGAAAGAGCGACGAUUCGUUAACAAGCAUCGUACUGGUUCUAAUUAUUAUAAAAAAAACGAAAAAUAGAUAUCGACGUUCUCGAAAUAUACACGUGAGAGUUUUUCAAGAACACGUGCGUGCGUCCCCCGCAGCUGAAGGAUUUAGAAUAAUAAUAAGAUAACUCGAGUGGUUGGCGAAGUGUUCAUUGUAGAUGUUGGUGAUGGAACUAAUAUCGAUACUAUCGAUACCACGUAGCGAAAUAUCGUAUAUUAUCGAAUCGUUUUGAUACCUGCACGAAUGUAUCGAUAUCAAUUACAUAGAACACGUAUUCGGUACGACUUUUCGAUACCGAUAUCUUUAAAGCUGAUACUCGAUCGAUACCGGAUCGAUAGGCAAAAUUCUUAUCUGGAUACGAAACUUUGAAUAACUAAUAAAAUAUGAAGAACAUUCGAUCGGUAAUUAUAAAAAGUAUUUUAACACGUUGACUGUCUCGGCAGUUUUCCAUGCUUAGAGGUGGCCUCAACAUUUGUUCAAAUUGUAAUAUGAAAAAUAGAAAUAUUGGAUAAUUCAAUGGCGUACCGGUUGCUUUAUUUUUACAUUAUAUUAGGGUUCUUCCAUGGACCAUGGCAGCCAACGUGUUAAAGAUACAGAAACAUAAGAAAGAUCAGGUUCAACUUCAAGCAAUUACUUUUUAACAGUAAGGAAAAUUGCUUGAAUAUCAUCGAUACGUUCUCGUAUCAGUCCCAUCACUAGUAAAUGUACAUACAGUGUGCUCGUUCGAAAACUUUACGUCCAGAUAUCUCGAUAACAACGCAUUUUUUGGGAAAAUUUGUUGAAUACUGGAUGCAAAGUUUUCGAACGAACACUCCAUGUAGGCUCCCAUCGAUCCGCAACAGUCCGUAGUCUACAGCGUUAUUAAUAAUUCUAGUCUUUCUCAUCAGGAGGGUUCUCCGGUAUACGCUCUAAUCGCGAGGGAAACAAUUCCACAGACACACGAAACCUGUCGGAAGAAGAAUCUUGAUGUAGCACGUAAGGGUGUGGAUACGCAAUAAGGGUGAAUUUUCGACCGAUAAAUUAAUGUCUGCGAAAAGGCUAGGAUCGCAUCAAUUUGUGUGACGAAUAAA